AUGUUGCUGGUGUCACUGCUGCUGAUGGCCAUGGAUUGCUGCCUUGGAGCGCCGGCCGGGAGAGAGGUGUACAGGAUGCCUCAGAGUGCUCUGAAAGCUCUAUCGGACCGGGGUACUGUGGUUCUGGAGGCAGCGUUGACCAGUGCUCUGUCGGCUCUGGAGCUGGCCACGUCAGAGUGGAGUCGGAGCGAGAUGGGCUGUAGAGACUGUGUACCCUGUCUCUUUCAGGACUGUGGACAGCGCUACGGACCCUGCUCCUCUCUGGACGGCACAUUGGCCGAGCCCGGCUGUGACGUCAUCACCAAGGCCCAGAAGGUUCCGGAGGAGGGCGAGCGGAGCUGGGCGCUGAGCCAGGCGUGCGGGUACUACCGGCGGCGGUGCCCACCAGGAGACACAGAGGAGGAGGCGUGUGUGAGGAUCAUGGGAGAGAGCUGCAGUGCCCGUGUGCUCCAGUGUAGCCUCCUGAACACCAUACAGAACCUGGGGUCUGCCACACAGACACACACACAGGCAGCAGUGUGUGGCCAGAGGGUGUCGUCGGUGCUGAACGCGACCCAGCCCCGCUCGCGUAUUGUGGGGGGUUCCCCGGCGCCGCCUGGCAGCUGGCCCUGGCUGGUCAACCUGCAGCUAGACGAGGGGCUGAUGUGUGGAGGGGUGCUGGUGGACCGCUCCUGGGUGGUGACUGCUGCUCACUGCUUUGCUGGCAGUCAUAGUGAGAGCUACUGGACGGCCGUGGUGGGAGAGUUUGAUAUCACCAAGACCGACCCUGAUGAGCAGGUUCUCAAGGUCAACCGCAUCAUCCCCCAUCCCAAGUUCGACCCCAAGACGUUUAACAACGACAUUGCGCUGGUGGAGCUGACCUCUCCGGUGAUCCUGUCAGAGCAUGUAACCCCUGUGUGUCUACCAUCAGGUCUGGAACCUUCUACUGGCAGCCCCUGUCUGGUGGCCGGAUGGGGCUCCCUCUACGAAGACGGUCCGUCAGCUGACGUGGUGAUGGAGGCUAAGGUUCCACUGCUGCCCCAGAGUGUCUGUAAGAGCGCCCUGGGCAAGGAGCUGGUUACCAACACCAUGCUGUGUGCAGGAUACCUCUCUGGGGGUGUCAACUCCUGCCAGGGGGAUUCUGGAGGCCCUCUGAUCUACCAGGACCACGUGUCAGGUCGCUUCCAGCUGCAGGGCAUCACGUCCUGGGGAGACUGCUGUGGGGAGAAGGGCAAGCCUGGGGUCUACACACGGGUCAGUGCCUUCUCCGAUUGGAUACUGGCCGAGAUACUGAAUAGAAAAAUCAGUUUCUCUACUGUUUUGCCUAAUCAGCAUUCUAAUAUCCACUAUACCUUGUUCUUGGUUUACCUAGUGUCCUUUGGGAGCCGGGAGCCGACAUGUCUUGAGCUGCUGAAGACGUCGGAGCUGUCGGAGGAGCAGCAGAGGUCAGAGUUCAGCUCUCUGUGUCGCUUCUACGCCCAGUCCUGCUCCCCCAGCCAGGGGACUGCUGCCUGCAGCCUUCAGGCCGAGGAGAAGUGUCUCAGCCGUUUCAAGAAGUGCCAGCUGCAUUCGUUCCUGCAGACCCUGCUGGACCUUCUCCAGAGAGCAGAGGACUACAUUAGAGACAAGGUAGACCUGAUCUUCUUCACCCAAACCCUGCCUCAGCUGGUCGAACACAUCUACAGCUCAGCCCUGACCGCCAAGGAAAGGGAGAGGAGGGAGAUUCCACGGGGAACAGAACAGGUAGGGGGUACUGUCCGGUCAGGGUCAGUGGAGACGGGUCCUGGGCUGUUCCAGAAGGUUGGCCCCCUGGUGGCCGACUGGGAGAACUACCUCAGGGGCAUUGCUGAGGAGCUGGACACACAGACACAUGGACAGACAGAUGGACAGACACACGACUCCAAACCACUGAGCCAAGAAGGGAGUAUUUUCCUCCAGGCAGAGGACCGCUCUCUCCGUCAUUUGGAGGGGAAGUACCAGACCAUGAUCUGGGCCUUACCCUCCAAACUGGACUCCAGACUCACUCCCCCAAUCCAACACCUGGAUACAGCCCUCCUACAGCAAGACUCCCCCCACAUUCCUGCUUUUCCCACCAGAGAGUCACCCACCUCAUUCCUCCCUCCGGAAUCUCAGGGGUCAGAAUCUCUCUUCACAGCCCUCAUCAGUGAAAUCCGUAAAUUCAGGACACAGAAUGAAAUGACGACAGAAGAUGUAGAAAUUAGUGUAACGUCUUUUGAAGAGGAGGCGUUUUCUGAUCCAGCAUCAGUCAGCUCAGUAAACCCUUCUGAUUGGCUUGACAAAGCUGUAACAGAACACACAACGUUACAGCGUCUAUUCCCGUCUCUGUCCACUGUCAGCAGCACAAAGUCUCCCAUAGCAACAACCUCUGACUCCAGACAGACUCUACUUCCUGGUUCUCCCUCCCUCCCGGGUUGCCUCAACCACAGGAGACGCAGGAGUUUCCGCAAGAGGCAGAUACCUAGGGUUAACGCUUGUCCAGGAGAAGCAGAGCCUACCCAGCAUGUGAGUGGAAUCAGAGACACGUACAAGUGGGUCCUGGGCAUCCCCACCAAGAACCUCCACAUGAACUUCCAGGAAGUGAGUUAUACUUCAGUAUUUACGGGGUCUAUCUUCAAGGGACAUAUUAUGUAG